AUAGGAGAGGUGGAGGCUGCAGAUCAGUAUCCCACAGAACAACACAGAAGGAAGACAAGAUGAAGCUCCAUAGUGUCCUCUGCUUGUGUCUGGUCUUGGCAACAGCUUGGACCAGUGUCACAGCACAGAUGUUGGACCCCAGAGGAAACCGUCCGGUCGAGCAGGGCAUGAAGUCUGACAAAUGCGCCCCAGAGAAGGAAUAUGGCGCAUGCAUAGAUGAUGACUGGGGCCCCAAGUGCCCGUCUGGCUGCCGUGUGCAGGGCCUGCUGGACAAGACAGACCACGAGCUGUUGACCAAGAUCGACAAGAUCCGCCGACUGCUGGACGACUACAACCAGAAGUACCGCAGCACCGACUCGUCCUCCAAGCAGGCCUACGACCACCUCCGCCAAAAGCUCACUACCUCCUCAGGUAUUGGCAGCCGUGACCUAAUGGGCAGUUGGGGUAGUGGUUAAGGAGAUGGGCUUUAG